GUAGCUCAUUUUAGAAAUCUAUGGGUAAUGUCAACUGUAGGGUGGUUUUGGUGUGUUAUUACUCUUAAUUAAUUUAAUUUACUACUAAUAAUUGGAAUAGUGAUAUUUAUAAUUAAGUUCAGUUUGGUUUAAUUUGUUUUGAUCUAAAAUUUCGUACGAAAAUGGCAGCUCAUACUGUUUUAUUAGAUUUUACUGUUGAUUCUAACCAAACAAAAAAUGAAUCUCAAAAAUCAUCUAUUUCAACUACAAUUGAAAAUAUUUUGCGUGAUUAUUUAAGUGAAUUAAAGCAAGUUUCGACUGUUCCUUUCGAUGAUAGUAUUUGUAAGUUGUAUACAAGUGAAUCUAAUGUUUUGAUCACAAUCAGAAUUUUCAAAAAUGGACUGGUUACCCUCAAUAUUGAGUACUACAAACCUGAUAAUAAAGAGCCUCUGUUCUCCUUCGAGAUUUUAAGACAGAUCGAACAGAGUAUUUCUAUACUACUUAAUUGUAACAGAUCAAAACAUCUACCUCCAAUUAAGAGGGGUUCCCCAUUAGAUGUCUAUUUAACUAGUUCAGACGAACGUAUUUUGGAGUAUGAUAUCGAUGAGGUGGUUUUUAAUGAAAAAUCCCCCUAUCAGAAAGUUCAAAUUGCACAUUCCAAAAGCCUUGGGAACAUGCUAGUCCUUGACGACUUGCAAAAUAUUUCAGAGGCAGAUGCAAUUUAUACUGAUACUAUAAUGGCAAAGGGCAUUGAAAAAUACAAAGACAAAGAAAUUGUUAUUUUAGGUGGUGGGGAUGGAGCCUUAUUAUACGAACUGCUUAAAGAAAAACCAAAAAAUGUAAUAGUGCUUGAAAUAGAUGAGGUCGUGAUAAGGGCUUGUGCUAAGCAUUUAAGAUCUAUUUGUGGUGACGUUUUAGAUAAGUUGGAGGGCCCAAAUUAUCAAAUAAUCAUUGGGGAUUGCAUGAAGUCUUUGGAACAAUUUGCUGCAGAGGGUCGCAAAUUCGAUUAUGUUUUCGGGGAUUUAACCGACGUCCCUAUAAGGGAUGAUGAGAUUGGGGAACACUGGAAUUUUAUUCUGAAAGUUUUGGAUUAUACUGUUAAGGUCCUAAAGCCCAGUGGAAAAUUUAUGACUCAUGGUAAUGGGGCCUGUUGUGAAGAAUCUUUAAAAAAAUACGAAAGUCUUAUCACCGAACUAAAUCCAACGGUGAAAAUUAAUAAGACAAAAGCGUUCGUACCAUCGUUUUUGGAAGAUUGGGUCUUCUAUCAAAUGACUUUUGGGCCAAAGGAAUAGCGUUGUGUACCAGUGGUAAAAAUUAAUAAUCCCACUUUCGAAAAGACUAAAAAAAAAAUGUUUUUUUUUAUGUAGGUAAAUAAAACCAAUUACAUAGAUGGUGUUACUGGUA